AAUCGAUGGCUGCAAAUUCCUCAACGACCACGGAACAUUCUAGAAUGAAUCUCCCAUAAAAUCUAUAUAACCCAACCCCAGCGUUCCACAUAACCAUUCAGUUUCUUAUUCACAAAUUACAUUUUCAAAUUUCUUUUCGUUUUCUUUAAAAUUUAAAUCUUUAUAAUUUUGUGUCUUGAAAAUGGCCGGAAAAGGAGAGGGGCCGGCGAUCGGUAUCGACCUAGGCACCACUUACUCGUGCGUCGGAGUGUGGCAGCACGACAGAGUGGAGAUCAUUGCCAAUGAUCAAGGGAACAGAACUACGCCGUCCUAUGUUGCUUUCACCGAUACAGAGCGUCUCAUUGGUGACGCUGCUAAGAAUCAAGUCGCUAUGAAUCCAAUUAACACCGUCUUUGAUGCGAAGAGGUUGAUUGGAAGGAGGUUCAGUGACUCGACGGUUCAGAAUGACGUGAAGCUUUGGCCAUUCAAGGUCAUUGCUGGACCAGGAGACAAGCCCAUGAUUGUGGUUAACUAUAAGGGUGAAGAGAAACAGUUUUCCGCUGAGGAAAUUUCUUCUAUGGUUCUCAUUAAGAUGCGUGAGAUUGCUGAGGCUUACCUUGGCUCAACUAUUAAGAACGCAGUUGUCACUGUCCCAGCUUACUUCAAUGACUCUCAGCGUCAAGCUACAAAGGAUGCUGGUGUCAUUGCUGGGCUUAAUGUUAUGCGUAUCAUCAAUGAACCCACUGCUGCUGCCAUUGCUUAUGGUCUUGACAAGAAGGCCUCCAGCGUCGGUGAGAAGAACGUUUUGAUUUUUGAUUUGGGUGGUGGCACUUUUGAUGUAUCUUUGCUAACAAUUGAAGAGGGUAUCUUUGAAGUCAAGGCCACUGCUGGAGACACUCAUCUUGGUGGUGAGGAUUUUGAUAACAGAAUGGUUAAUCACUUUGUCCAGGAGUUCAAGAGAAAGAACAAGAAGGAUAUUAGUGGAAACCCCAGAGCUCUUAGGAGAUUGAGGACAGCUUGUGAGAGAGCAAAGAGGACUCUUUCAUCUACUGCUCAGACAACAAUCGAGAUUGAUUCUUUGUAUGAAGGUAUCGAUUUCUAUUCAACCAUUACUCGUGCCAGAUUUGAGGAGCUGAACAUGGAUCUUUUUAGAAAGUGUAUGGAGCCCGUUGAGAAGUGUUUGAGGGAUGCUAAGAUGGACAAGAGCAGUGUCCACGACGUUGUGCUUGUUGGUGGUUCCACUAGGAUCCCCAAGGUGCAACAGCUCUUGCAAGACUUCUUCAAUGGAAAGGAACUCUGCAAGAACAUUAACCCGGAUGAGGCUGUUGCUUAUGGUGCCGCUGUGCAGGCUGCUAUCUUGAGCGGAGAGGGCAAUGAGAAGGUGCAGGAUUUGUUGCUUUUGGAUGUUACCCCUCUGUCCCUUGGGUUGGAAACUGCAGGAGGUGUAAUGACUGUCUUGAUCCCAAGAAACACAACAAUUCCCACCAAGAAGGAACAAGUAUUCUCUACAUACUCAGACAACCAACCUGGUGUGUUAAUUCAAGUCUAUGAGGGUGAAAGAGCAAGAACCAGGGAUAACAACUUGUUGGGAAAAUUUGAGCUCUCUGGCAUUCCCCCAGCCCCAAGGGGUGUUCCUCAGAUCACUGUCUGCUUUGAUAUCGAUGCAAACGGUAUUUUAAAUGUCUCGGCUGAGGACAAGACAACUGGCCAGAAAAACAAGAUCACGAUCACCAAUGACAAGGGUAGGUUAUCUAAGGACGAGAUAGAGAAGAUGGUUCAGGAGGCUGAAAAGUACAAGUCAGAAGAUGAAGAGCACAAAAAGAAGGUUGAGGCAAAGAACGCCCUAGAGAAUUAUGCUUAUAACAUGAGGAACACGGUCAAGGAUGAGAAGAUUGGUUCCAAGCUUGCUGCAGCUGACAAGAAAAAGAUUGAGGAUGCAAUAGACGAAGCCAUUCAGUGGCUCGAUGGCAACCAACUUGCGGAGGCGGAUGAGUUUGAGGAUAAGAUGAAGGAGCUGGAAAGCAUCUGCAAUCCAAUUAUUGCUAAGAUGUAUCAAGGUGCCGGUGCUGACAUGGGUGGAGACACGGCUGAUGAUGUUCCUCCAGCUGGCGGAAGUGGCGCAGGUCCCAAGAUUGAGGAAGUCGACUAAGCUUUUUUUUUUUUUUUCUUCUAGGUCUAUGGGGAUUUCAUGUUUUUUCGCUUUUAAUUAUUUAAUGCAGAGACAUUUAUGUUGCUCGAAUA